UUCAACAAAUGAUAUCCAUUUCCUCUACUUCCCUCCCAACUCAUACUAUUCUUUCUUUCCAGAAAAAAAACGUUCAAAUCAUAAUCACAUUUUGUUUGUGUUUAUUUCACACUAUCUGUUCGUAUGUAUUCGUGUAAUCAGAAUUCAACGUUUUUUUCCGGCUGCUUAUGUUAUUACGUGCACACCAAUUUCACAACUAUUUUGUCAGUUACAACAACAACAACAGAAAAAAAAACAGAUUUUGUCAUUGAAAUAUUUGAUAUUCUGUACAUUUUUUUUUCAUUCCAUGCAGUAACCAACACCUGUUUCAAAUGAAUUAAUCAAUUGGUUAAAUAUUCAGAUAAAAAGUGGCAAUAUUAUUUUGAUUCUAGUCCUGAUUUCAAAGUUGAAUCAUCAAGAUUUAAUCAACAACAACACAAUCGUGAGAAAAAUAAAACGAAAAAAAAUUCAUUACUAUGGCCAAGUAUUUGAAUAAUGAACAUUUAAUUCGAAAACAACCACAACAACAACAACAACAACAAAUGCAACAAUCAUCAUCUAAAAAUCUAAUUCAUCUAAUCAUUCGAUCACAAUUGAUUACUAUUCUAGUAUCAAUAACAUUUAUUGCCAUUUUAUUUAUCAAUUAUCAAUCGUCAAUUUUUACGGAACAAUUUUCAUCAAUACAACAACAGCAAAGAUUAAAUUAUUCCAUCAUACCUAUCGAAUUAGAUGAUAACUACAACAACAACAAUGGUGACGAUAAUAACGAUUUCCAUUAUGAUGAUGAUCAUCAUGAAGAUUAUGAUAAUAAUAAAGCUAAUAAAACAUUAAUGAUGGCUAGUCAAGAUGUCAUUGACCAUGAUGAUAAUGAUAAUGGUGGCCUUGACCAUCAACAACAACAACAACAACAAGAACAGCGACGACGAUUUAAACGUGGUGUUAUUGGUCUUGCAUCAAUGAUAAAGUGUAUAACACAUUGUAAUCCAUUUAGCUAUAAAGAUUAUGGAUGUUAUUGUGGUUUUCAAGGUGAUGGCCAUCCUGUUGAUGCUAUCGAUAGAUGCUGCUAUAUGCAUGAUAUGUGUUAUGCACAUAGCGAUUGUAAUCAAGCAUUAGUCUAUUUUGUUUCAUAUAAAUGGAAAUGUAAAAAAAAUCAUCGUGCCAGCUGUGCAUACGUUAAGCAUCCUGAUUCCCAUCAAAAAUGUGCCUAUCAACUUUGUGAAUGUGAUAGAAGAUUUGCCAAAUGUCUUAGUAAACAUCGUUGUCCAACGAGUAAACCAUCGUGUCGUACAAAACGUAAUUUAAUACACAGUUUAACUAACAUAUUCUUCUAACAACGGAAAAAAAAUUUACCAACAAUUAAAACAAAAAGCGGCGGAAACACAUCUACACUACGGUGACAGAAAAAAUAAAAGAAGAAAUUUUUUUUUUCAUUCUCAUCAUUCAGACCUUUUCAGUGAUCUCUUUUUUUUUUUUUUUUUUUGAUUCGCUUUGCGAAUCAAUUCCCAAUACAUUCGAAUUAUUAUUGAUGGUUACCCCCUCCCAAUAUAUACAAAACCCCCCCCGAACAUAAACGGAAACCAUACAUGUCAAUAUAGAAUCGAAUGGAAUAUUCCAUAGUCAAUAAUAUAUGAUGUAAUGUAAUUUACUGUUAUUUAUGUGUAUUUU